GAGGGAGGUGGAGGCGUCUCCGCUCCUUCCUCCCUUAGCCAACAUGGCGGUGGCGGCGCAUGCUCAGAGUGGGGCGGUGCGUGGGGCCCAGGCGGCGGCAGCGGCGGCGGCGGCGGCGGCGGCGGCGCUGCUCAUGUCGGUGGGGUGUUGCGGGGGCCGCUGAGGCGGCGGGCGGGGGACGGCGGCAGCCAUGGGCGAGGCCGAGAAGCUUUAUUAUGUUUAUAGCUGCGACCUGGACAUCAACGUGCAGCUGAAGAUAGGAAGUCUGGAAGGGAAAAGAGAACAGAAGAGUUACAAAGCUCUUUUGGAAGACCCAAUGCUGAAGUUCUCUGGACUCUAUCAAGAGACUUGCUCUGACUUGUAUGUAACUUGUCAGGUGUUUGCAGAAGGGAAGCCUCUUGCUCUUCCAGUUAGAACUUCUUACAAAGCUUUUAGCACUAGGUGGAACUGGAAUGAAUGGCUGAAACUGCCUGUGAAGUAUCCAGAUUUGCCUCGCAAUGCACAAGUGGCUCUGACCAUCUGGGAUGUGUAUGGACCGGGUAAAGCAGUUCCUGUGGGAGGAACAACAGUCUCACUCUUUGGGAAAUAUGGUAUGUUUCGUCAAGGAAUGCAUGAUUUGAAAGUCUGGCCCAAUGUAGAAGCUGAUGGCUCAGAGCCCACCAAAACUCCUGGGAGAACCAGCAGCACAGUCUCUGAAGAUCAAAUGAGCCGACUGGCAAAGCUCACCAAGUCUCAUCGACAAGGUCACAUGGUAAAAGUGGAUUGGCUGGACAGACUAACCUUUAGAGAAAUAGAAAUGAUCAAUGAGAGGGAAAAGCGAAGUUCUAAUUUUAUGUACCUGAUGAUUGAGUUUCGCUGUGUCAAGUGUGAUGACAAAGAAUAUGGAAUAGUUUACUAUGAAAAGGAUGGUGAUGAGUCAUCUCCAAUUUUAACAAGUUCUGAAAUUGUUAAGAUUCCAGACCCCCAGAUGUCUAUGGAGAACUUAGUAGAAAGCAAACAUCACAAGCUUGCUCGAAGUUUAAGAAGUGGACCUUCCGAUCAUGAUCUCAAGCCUAAUGCAGCUACGCGAGAUCAGCUUAAUAUCAUAGUGAGUUAUCCACCAACAAAGCAGCUAACAUAUGAGGAACAGGAUCUAGUUUGGAAAUUCAGAUACUACCUUACUAAUCAGGAGAAGGCCUUGACAAAAUUCUUAAAAUGUGUCAACUGGGACCUACCACAGGAGGCAAAGCAAGCAUUGGAGCUACUGGGGAAAUGGAAGCCCAUGGAUGUGGAAGACUCUCUAGAACUUCUGUCAUCUCACUUCACCAAUCCAACAGUUCGGCGAUACGCUGUCGCUCGGCUUCAGCAGGCUGAUGAUGAGGAUUUGCUGAUGUACCUGUUACAGCUAGUCCAGGCAUUGAAGUACGAAAACUUUGAUGACAUAAAGAAUGGACUGGAACCAAGCAAAAGGGACAGUCAGGGUUCCAUGUCUGAGAGCAUGACUACAUCUGGAACCAGUAGUGCAGAAAUAGACAGUUCCCAGAUCAUGAGUCCUGUUCCUCCUGUUUCUUCACCACCUCUUACUUCUAAGACAAAGGAGCUUGCAGACAAUGAAAACCUUGACCAAGAUCUUUGCACUUUCUUGAUAUCACGAGCGUGCAAAAAUUCCACGUUGGCAAACUACUUAUACUGGUAUGUAAUAGUGGAGUGUGAAGACCAAGAUACUCAGCAGAGGGACCCAAAGACUCAUGAAAUGUACUUAAAUGUGAUGAGAAGAUUUAGUCAGGCUUUGCUAAAGGGUGAUAAAUCUGUCAGGGUUAUGCGCUCAUUGUUGGCAGCCCAGCAGACAUUUGUAGAUCGGCUGGUUCAUCUAAUGAAAGCAGUACAGCGUGAAAGUGGGAAUCGUAAGAAAAAGAAUGAGAGGCUACAGGCAUUGUUAGCGGAUAAUGAAAAGAUGAAUUUAGCAGAUAUGGAGCUUAUUCCACUUCCACUGGAACCUCAGGUGAAAAUUAAAGGGAUAAUCCCUGAAAAAGCCACGCUCUUCAAGAGUGCCUUAAUGCCUGCUCAGUUAUUCUUCAAGACAGAAGAUGGAGGCAAAUAUCCUGUGAUAUUUAAACAUGGUGAUGAUUUACGUCAAGAUCAACUUAUACUUCAGAUUAUUUCACUCAUGGAUAAGCUGUUAAGAAAAGAGAAUCUGGAUUUGAAGCUGACACCCUAUAAAGUGCUGGCAACUAGUACAAAACAUGGUUUCAUGCAGUUUAUUCAGUCAGUCCCAGUUGCAGAAGUUCUUGCUACUGAAGAGAGUAUACAGAACUUCUUCAGAAAACAUGCACCUAGUGAGACUGGGCCUCAUGGAAUAAGUGCAGAGGUGAUGGAUACAUAUGUUAAAAGCUGUGCUGGCUAUUGUGUAAUUACUUAUAUCCUUGGAGUUGGAGACAGACAUCUGGAUAAUCUUCUGCUAACAAAAACAGGUAAACUAUUUCACAUUGACUUCGGUUACAUUUUGGGUCGUGACCCUAAGCCUCUGCCUCCCCCAAUGAAGCUGAAUAAGGAAAUGGUGGAAGGCAUGGGAGGCACCCAGAGUGAGCAGUACCAGGAGUUCCGUAAGCAGUGCUACACAGCCUUCCUCCACCUCCGCAGGUAUUCCAACUUGAUCUUGAACUUAUUUUCCCUUAUGGUGGAUGCCAACAUUCCAGAUAUCGCUCUUGAACCUGACAAGACUGUAAAAAAGGUGCAAGACAAGUUCCGUUUAGACCUAUCUGAUGAAGAAGCUGUACAUUAUAUGCAGAGUCUGAUUGAUGAAAGUGUCCAUGCCCUCUUUGCAGCUGUGGUGGAGCAGAUACACAAGUUUGCACAGUAUUGGAGAAAAUAAGCUUUUUGUCUGCCUGAGGGUGGAAAGGAGCCUCAACACAUGAUGAAGAAGGGGAUUUCUCAAGCACCUUGUGGACUUUCCCAAACAGCUUUAGAAGGCAAAAGCUGCGCGUUUGGUAGCGUGGAGAGUUGCGAACUCGGGAGACAGAGCAGCUUUUUGAGUCUGCAUUAUUUGAAAGCUUAAAAAUAACCACAUUUUAAAGGAAAAUGUUUAUACCAUCCUUUAGGCUCAGAUAUUACUGUAUUUCUUUCUAGUGAAAAUAAUUGAGCCAUAAAGGUCGAAGUAAUCAACUUCCUCCCAAGCCAAAGGUAACUGGAAGAGGCUGGCAUUAGAUGGUCAAUUCUUAUACCUGUUAAUAUAUUUUCUUAUUUAAAAAAGGAAAUUAUUGCUACACCAAACAUGGCUGUGUACAGAGUACAGCAGAAAGGCUACAGUUCCUCAGUGCAGAAAAACACAGAACUCUGGCAGUCUCCUCUCCUCCCCUCCCACCAACUUUGUACCUUGAAAGUUUUAAAUAUAAUUCAUAUGAUCCUCUAUUUCCUACCUUGGGCAAUGUUAUUGUCUAGAAAGGACAAUCAUUUCUUCCCUGCUUACAAAAAUGUUUUUAAGUGCUGAUAAGUUAGCCAGCUGUAGGCAGCCAAUUAAAUCAUCACUUAACAGGCUCAGCAACGAGAAUGCACAGUGAGCAGUUCAGUAUUUCACACUUUAACUCUGAAUGUUUUCUGUACAGCGAUUAUAUAUUCUUGACUCUAAUAAACUCUUUGUUGUUGCA